CGCCCCGAGCUCCGGCUCCUUCUUUCAUCUUUGCCGUGGCAGACGGGGCUAUUUAUCCGCCAGUGCGUGGCGUCACCGGUGGUACUGGAGUGACGAUUGCACCAUUAAGGAUGACAGCUUAGAAAGAAGAGGGCAAUGGUGAUCCCUCCCAGAGCCGGCACUGCACAGGGUAGCGCUCGCAUCACAAGGUCACCCUGUCUCACCGCCGGGCUCCUACCGGCUUGGGGUGGGAGGCGGGGUGGGGGUGGGGGCCCUGGAUUGGGUUUGGGGUCCGAGCCCCGCCAUGGCGAGCAGACAGGAGAUGGUGCUCUUCCUGGAAGGAGGUCAACUUGGCACUCUGGUUGGCAAGAGAGUAUCUAAUUUGUCCGAAGCGGUGGGGAGCCCAGCUCAAGAGCCACAGGACAAGAUGAUCCCUCGGAGUUGCCUGAGCCCCCGAUCUGGCUCCUUAUCCUCCCGGGAAAGGGGAGGAGGAGAAGAGCAGGGGGAAGCGAUGCCAGGGACAGGGACGGUCCCGGAGAGUCGCUCGGCGGCGGCUCUGCUCUCGGCCGGACAGCAGCUCGCCUCAGAGCCCCUCUCGGGCAAAGGGCACCAGAGCAGCUCGGACACCGAGUCGGAUUUCUAUGAGGAAAUCGAGGUGAGCUGCACCCCGGACUGCGCCACGGGAAACGCCGAGUACCAGCCCAGCAAAGGGCCGUGCUCGGAGGCUUUGGCCGGUGGCAGCCCCAGCAGCGGGGGGGAGCCCCCCAAGGGCAGCGGAAGCAGCAGCGGCUCCCAGGGCUCGCUGGCCUGCAGCGCCAGCGAUCAGAUGCGCCGCUACCGCACCGCCUUCACCCGCGAGCAGAUAGCCCGGCUGGAGAAGGAAUUCUACCGGGAGAAUUACGUGUCCAGGCCCAGGAGAUGUGAGCUGGCAGCUGCUUUAAAUCUGCCAGAAACCACCAUCAAGGUGUGGUUCCAGAACCGCCGGAUGAAGGACAAGAGGCAGCGUUUGGCUAUGACCUGGCCUCACCCAGCGGACCCAGCUUUUUACACUUACAUGAUGAGCCAUGCAGCGGCAACUGGCAACCUUCCCUACCCCUUCCCGUCCCACCUGCCCCUUCCUUACUACUCCCACAUGGGCCUUGGAGCCACCUCGGCCUCUGCAGCCACCCCGUUCAGUACCCCUUUGAGACCCCUGGACACCUUUAGGGUCCUCUCCCACCCUUACCCCAGACCAGAACUGCUCUGUGCAUUCAGACACCCUUCUCUUUACCCUGCCCCAACUCAUGGACUCAGUAGUGCUGGAGGCAGUCCUUGCUCAUGCCUGGCUUGCCAUAGUAGCCAGUCCAAUGGACUGGCACAGAGACCUUCCGGAACAGACUUUACCUGUUCAGCCACAACCAGGACUGACUCUUUCCUCACUUUCACACCCUCAGUGCUGAGCAAAGCAACCUCAGUAUCCAUGGACCAGCGGGAAGAAGUACCUUUAACAAGAUAGAUCUUCAUCUCAGGUUUAGAAAUAAUAUGCCCCUUUCAUGGGCUCACGUAAGGUUCAAGUACUUGCAUACAAUGUUUAUUUAAUCGUGUUCUCUCCCAUAAGUGGACACCUCUGGGGAGAAAGACUAAAAAUAGCUCAGUCUUUGAAGGAUUUACAUUCCAAGAUAAAACAGGAAAGAAGAAGAAGGGGGAAAACCACUAGUGAUGUAUGUGCAUAAGGAAGAAUUUAGCCUUCUGCACUAUGAAGGCAAAAACUGAUCUACAUUACUUUCUAUACCAUACGAUAGAAAUGAGUUGUUUUCUAUGGCCAGAUAAUCUAUCAAGAAGCAGAACUUCUCCAAACCACAGCAAAAAUCUUUAUGCCCCGUGAUACGUGACUGAGAAGUAAAAUCUGAAAUACUUGAAAGAAAAAAAUUGCUGAUAAUAAAAUGUCUCCUGUGCAUAAUACAAAGUCAAGAUUUGUGCUUUACCAGAUUGUUCAACCACUAACUAAAGGGGUUUCAUCUCAACAGUGUUAUCCAGUUAUAUCUAGAACCAAGAAAACCAUUUUUGCCAUGAAGAAUUAGAGUGACACACUGUACCUUACUUUCAUGGUUUAAUUGCAUUCUUUACCUCCCUCCCUGCCUCAGUAAUAUAAACCUUUCGGUUUUUUAAGCAGCAACCCAAUAUAUCGUCUCCUCCUUCCUCCCAACUUUUAUUUUUAAAGAGAGACAGACUAAAACUGGCAGAGGAAAAAAAAAGAUCCUGUCAGUUUGUGGGUCAGAGCUAUUUGUCCUUUAACUAACAAUGUCCUAUUAUCAGUUGCUGAAAUGUGCACACACUGAGGAAAUUAGCAAGUGAUGUAUAUGUAAGGAGGCUUUUUGAAUGUCGAAUGUAUAAUAUUCUCUGAACAGAGACCCGGUGCCAAACGUUAACAAGCCGCCAAGGGAAGAGAUUAGGUGACAGGGAGCUGAACUCCUUCAGACAAUCACUAGUCUGCAAAUUAGAGCAAAGGCGAUUUCCUUCCUUUGUAUUUCACCUUUAGUUCUCCCAUUGGUUCAUUCCUUUUCUAUUCCUUUGCUAGAUGUGGAUGUUAGAGGCGUGUGCUAGGUUUUGUUUGGGAGGGGGGGAGCUUUUUUUGUUAGUUUCCCUUCGUUCCCUUUCCUUUCCCCCUUUUCUACAUUUGUAUGUGAAUUCCACAAUUUCUCGCCAUUUUUGUGUGCAAAGUCUUUCCUCCUGGAGAUUUCUUUAUUUCUUCGUCCUUUCACUUCUUGUAUGUUGCCGUGGAAGAUAGUACUCACUAGUUUGCUUGGAUUUUUGUCUGAGUGGAGUGCAGCUGUCAAACUGAAAUUCUAAAGCCACAAUUAUUGGACGGGGCUAAUAGUUUCUUUCAAGACAGAAAAUGUUUAAUUGAUUCUCUUUAAAUAGCCCAAAGAAUUCACUGUUACCAUAUGUUACCAUGUCGCAAUAAAAAGCUAGACAAAUUUUAAUACUGUAUCACAAAUAUUUUAUUGUGUUUGCUUUUUUUAAAAAAAAAAACUUAAGAAUACUGCUUGCUACCGUUUAUUUUUCUUGCAGUUCCUUCUAUUUGCACUUCCAACAGCCAGAGAAAAUAAAUGUUGAAUAG